AUUAUUGCAGGUGCCCUUUUACUGUCUCUAUCAUGGUCUCUAUCAAGAUUAGUUGUGCGUGUAAACUGCGACCUCUGGUAUGUGCAGUGACGCGCAGUUAAAUGUGCGUAAGCGAGCAGCAGAGGCAGAGCUGCUGUCAGCGCCUCAGACUGAGCAGCAGUUAGCUCCAUGGCUAGCAGACAGCAGUGUUCACAGAGCUCCAUGGACAGUCCACUCAGUGUAACGUUAUCUUCAUUUCAAUGGGCGUUUCUCCUACAACUCUAACUAAACCAGGAAGUGAAAUAUUAAACACAGAGUGGGGUUUUCUGUCAACUCCUCAGUGUGGGGAGCGCGCGACGGGAGAGGAGGACCAGAGGACUUGGAUCUGGAGCUAACGUUGCUUAGCUAGCUGAUGUUAGCUUGCCAACGCAAUGGCCAACGGGUGUAUUCCAGAUGAUGUUAGGCACCUUUGCCUGUAGAGACCAAGAUGACUGAAGUCCAGGCCACAGUGGAGUUCUCUGUGGAGCUCCACAAGUUCUACAAUGUGGACCUGUUCCAAAGAGGGUUCUACCAGCUUCGUGCCAGUCUAAAAGUGCCACCCCGGGUGCCACACAAAGUUGAGGCCAGUCUACUUCACCCAGGAGGCUCUGAUCUGGCAUUUCCUGCUUCAGUCCAAGAUGAUGUAAUCAGCAGCAAAACUUUCCAAAUCCUGUACAAGAAUGAGGAGGUUGUGGUCAACGACGUCCUCCUCUUCAAAGUUAUGAUGCUGCUUGAUGAAAAGAAGGUGGAGGAGUCCCUCAAUGACAUGGACUUCCAGCUCCUCUUGGAUUUAUAUUUCACAGAUGGUGACUACACGCCAGAUGAUCCAAGCUCUCUACAGAAUAUCAGCGGCCGCACUCUUCGUUUGCACUUUAGCCUUCAGCGAGGCAUCCACCAACACGUCAAUGUCAUGUUUGACUACUUCCACCUGUCUGUCGUCUCUGUAGCCAUCCAUGCCUCCCUAGUGGCACUUCAUCAGCCCCUCAUCAGUUUGCCUCGACCAGUGAAAACCACUUGGCUUAACCGCAAUGCUCCAGCACAGAGCAAAGACUCAGUCAUCCCUCCUCUAGAGAACGUGGUGUUUGGCAGCGGCUACGUCAAGCAAGUAUCCCCAGAUGGCAGGACAUUCCUGGUAUCUGACCACUGCCUGCAGCAUGCCUUCGGUCUCCACCAUAGCCUUUGCUCCAAUCUUCUGCAGGCCUACAAGGCCCUGUUUGACUACUUCACCUCUAUUACCAAGGACCUGCCCUCCUCCCAUCGUAUGGAACUAGCCAAGCCCAGCAUGCAAGUCCUUUAUGAGAGAGUACUCAGAAGACCCUAUCCCAGGAGUCAAAGGCACGUCUACAUAGAACAACUCGACUUGGAGGCCCGUCUUGCUGAUUUAUGCGACCAAGUCAAGAAGGCCGAGUCCCCUGACGAACUGGCAGAACUGGUUAACAUGAACCUGGCCCAGCUCUGCUCUCUGCUCAUGGCACUCUGGGGACAGUUCCUCGAGGUGGUGUCCCUGCAGGAGCAUGUUGCUGCGGUGCUAGCAAUGGAGCACCACACACUAAGAGUAAGGAGGUUUGCUGAGGCUUUCUUCUGUCUCGAACAUCCAAGACAAUCUGCCCUGGCCUAUCAGGAACUACAUGCUCACAGUCACCAGCAGAUGACUAAUGCUAUCAAAAGCUCCAGCUACUUCCUGUCUUUGCCUCCUCUUCCAGCGGAAUGUGCAGACCUUGAUGGUGAUGUUAGCUCCCUGCCAAUCAUCUUUGAGGACAGAUAUCUGGAUUCCAUCACUGAAGAUCGGGAUGGACCCUGGCUGGGCGUGCAUAAUUCAAAGUCUGGCUCAACGUCCAGCAAAUCAGACAGAUCCAACUCCAAGGACUGCAGUGCAGCUGCCAGCCCCAUACCUGAGUCUCGGGGUGCCCCUAUGGAUAACACCUGGCCAGACAGUUAUGAUCCACCGCCUAAGUCCAAAGGAAAAUCUGUCAAACUGAAGAAAAAUUCAAAGACUGAGAACUCAAAGAAGCUGAUUAGACAGGGCUCUAAAGACUCUGUGGUUCUGGUGGGUUACAAGAACCUCAAAGCUCCCUUUAGUGACAGCAGCACCAAGUACAAGGAAGGGGGAGCUCCUCUUCAUCAAGAAGAACAAGAUACCUUGCAGGGAGACUCUAGCUGUUUAAGGACUAAUGCCAAUUCUGUUUUUGACUUUGGUGCCACAUCAACACGUCCUGGAAACAGUACUGUUGACGCUGUUACAGAUGAAAAUGUAACUGCUGCUACUUUUCAAAAAGGUGGUUUCAAAAAUCCAACAAAGUUGGACUCGCAGAACAAUCCUCAGGCAGGUACUGGGGCUACUGCUACAGGCAACCAACCACUUCACAAAGAUGAUCAAGCUGACCACAGUGGCCGAAAGAUGCCACAGUGGUCCUCUGGGCUGAAGCAAAUUGAGGUCAAACCAAGUACCAAGGACCCAUACCAAGGAGAGAAAGUUACAGUGCUUCUACCAUGCCGGACUGAUGCAGCUCUCAGUCGUAAUGUUCCAGAGAUAACCCAGUCAGACCUUUCUGAUUCAAAACAGCCCACGGCGGACCCUGUUAUUGAAAGGCCAGGUAAAGAGACUGCACAGCAAAGCCAGUCCUGCCUGGUCUCAGUAAAGGUAAAGAGUGAUUGUAUCAGGCUGCCGGAUGGAGCAGUCCCCAGUGCCUCGUCUCGCCUUUCAGAUUCAGGAAUCGACAGCGAGUCCAGCUCUUUUGCCACUCAGUUUGUUGCAGGACUGCCGACUUGUGCAGGACCAGGUAACGUAGAAUCUGGUGUUGCUGCCACACAGCCAACAGAGAGGCCUCUAUCUAGUCCUGCAACGAGGUCUGUUCAGCAGAGCUCAGUGCAGAAGCCUGGUGGGGCAGCAGAAAUGCUUUACCCAGAAAACACCAGUGUUGUCAGCGGAGUGCAGUCCUCUCUCACUUCCAUCAACUCCUUGCCGUCUGAUGAAGAGGGCGAAGGAUCCUCCAAGGGUUCCAGUGGAGCUGAAGUCCGGGCCAGGAAGUCAAGUGUGUUGGUGCAAGAGCAAAGUCUAGUGUUCUCUGAGGAUCUCACAAGCAGACCAACCUCUGAAGUGACCUGCAACCCUGACUCUGGUUCAAUUGAUUCUAAACUUGUAAAAUCUGCCUUUGACCUGGAAACAGACUCCAAGUUGAUCGGCAUUUCUGAACCAGAAGGAGCUGCUGGUUCUGGGGCCAGUAAAGAAUCCCGUAGUGAAACCAACACUGCUUGCCCCUCCAGUAACUCUGGCACAAGUAGCACUGACCUGGUGAAACGUGGGAUGGUGGAGAACUACUUUGGCUCAUGCUCAAGCACCGAUGUGUCAGAGAUCAGCCCUGUAGAAACAUCUGCUAUCACACUGGGAAUACAGACGGGACCAGCGCAGGUCGAGGAGGACGAGGAGGAGACGGAGCAUGAGAUGAUUGAGAACGGUUACUACGAGGAAGGCGAUGGCUACGCUUUCGUGAACGGUGUGGCCGACGAGGAGACUAGUGUCACUGGGGAGGCAUCUGCUCAAGAGACGAGUCUUCUAUUUGAACAUCUUGGCAUCGGUUACAUCCACGGAACUAAAGACUUAUCAAAAGCUCCCAUCUGCUCCAGCCAAGCCUCCAGCAGUGUUGGGUACAGUUUGGGAAGGCCCCUCUGUCCCUCUGCCUCCUUUGCCUCCAACCUGCGGUGGUAUGAGUGUGCAUCCACACCACAGAUGAAAGCCUUUGUUAAGGCCAAGGAAGAAAUGAAACAGCUGAGGCUGCCUGGCUUCUUGUACAGUGAGGUGCCUGAGCUGGCAUCCACUGUGCCGUACUUCAGCCUGGAGGAAGACGAGAACUGUGAGGAAGGCAUCCAUCUAAUAGUCUGUGUCCACGGCCUUGACGGGAACAGUGCAGACCUGAGACUGGUUAAGACUUACCUGGAGCUUGGACUUCCUGGUGCUCGGAUAGAUUUCCUCAUGUCUGAGAGGAACCAGAAUGACACUUUUGCUGAUUUUGAGUCGAUGACAGACCGACUGCUGGAUGAGAUAGUCCAGUACAUUCAGAUAUACAACCUUACAGUGUCAAAAAUAAGCUUUGUGGGCCACUCUUUGGGGAACCUCAUAGUUCGGUCAGUGCUAACUCGGCCAAGGUUCAAAUGUUACCUGAGCAGACUUCACACCUUCCUCUCUCUCUCUGGACCUCACCUGGGCACAUUGUACAACAGCUCUGCUCUGGUCAACACAGGCCUUUGGUUCAUGCAAAAGUGGAAGAAGUCCGGGUCCCUCCUGCAGCUUACGUGCCGUGAUCAUUCUGAUCCUCGCCAAACUUUCCUCUACAAACUCAGCAAGAAAUCUGGUCUCCAGUUUUUCAAGAACGUGGUGCUGGUGGGGUCACUGCAGGAUCGCUAUGUCCCGUACCAUUCUGCUAGAAUAGAAAUGUGCAAAACAGCAUUAAAAGACAAACAAACAGGUCCUGUGUAUGCCGAGAUGAUUGAGAACCUGCUGCUGCCAGUACUCCAGAACAAAGACUGUAAUCUAGUGCGAUAUGAUGUCAUUCAUGCUCUGCCCAACACAGCCAACUCCCUUAUAGGCCGGGCCGCUCACAUUGCCGUCCUUGAUUCUGAGAUCUUCCUGGAGAAGUUCUUCCUUGUCGCAGGACUCAAGUUCUUUCAGUAGAAAUGAGGACAGAAUAAAAAACACAUGGAAAGAGAAGCGAAA